AUCACCUAGCAGUUCAAAUGACAAUUAGGUAAAAUACUUAUUUAUCUCUCAAACAAAGCAGACUUAUUCUCAGAUAUUUCAUAUUAAUUUUAUAUAUGAGCCAUUCCAUAUAAGCCACAACCAGUCCUACUCAAUUGAUAGUCAUCGAUUUGACUAGCUUUUAUAUUUGUUAUAGAGACAAGUAUUAAAUGAAUUUCUACGUAAAUCUUUUCAAAAAGUUUUGCUCCAUUCUCGACACAUUUAAACUUCUCUGAGAGUACUCUCGUCAAAAAAUGAGAUAUUUUUUGUAAUUUUUUGUGGCAUCGAUAUCUCUUCAAGAAUACAUCCGUUUUGCUUAAAAUUUUUGUCGUAGGUCCAUCUCUAACAUGAUCCGUUGUUGAAAUAGGCCUAUGCACAAAAUAUCGAAAAAUGAUAAUUUGGUCAUGCACUUGGUAGUAUGGGUCAACUCAUCGAUAGUUCACGCAUUGGGCCUCAUUUUUUAUAGCUAAUAUCAUAAUCUAAGAUGGAUCUGCAGUAAAAAUUUUAAACGAAAUGAUUCUAUUCUUGACGAGAUAUCAGUGCUACAAAAGAUCGCAAAGAAUAUAAUUUUUUGACAAGGAUACUCUCUGAAAAAUUUGAAUGUCUCAGGAACGAAGCAAUAUUAUUUGAAACGAUCUGCGUAGAAAUUCAUCAAACACUUGCCUCUAUACCAUAUAUCAAAGCCAGUUAAAUCGACGAUCGUUAAUUGAGCAAAAUCGGUGGUAGCUUACGCGGAAUGGAUCAUAUAUAAAAUUAAUAUGAAAUAUCUGAGAAUAAGUCUGUUUUGUUUGAGAGAUAAAUAAGUAUUUUACCUAAUUGUCAUUUGAACUGCUAGGUGAUUGGCCUAUCAAUCAUCAUUAACAACACCGAACAUUUAAAUGAAUUUAUUUCAUCACUUUGCUAUGUUACUCUGCUACAAUCAACAGAAUUUUUUUAUUCGACAAUACAGAUAUUAUAAAGAAAUAGAAGGGGAUUUAUUUAACAAUUAUUCAUAAGACUCGGCAACACAAUUUCUUCGGAAUCAAUAUGUAAAACAUGAUAUAGCUGCUGUUGCUAAUUACAUGAAGAUUAUUUUAUUCUAUGUAUUUUGAGAUAUACAACCUGGACAAAAGCUCUUCCCUCUCCCGCUUCACAAAGAAAAGGAGGUAGAGAGAAGAGGGAAAGACAUUUGUCCAGGGUGUAUUUCAUUAUCAUCCUUUUGUUUUCUACUGAAAGAAGAGUAAUGUGUCGAGUGUUCGCUUUACAGAACGAAAGAAAAAAAAUUAUAUUGUAACAUGCAAAAAAACUCGUGGAUACCUGUUUCUUAUGUUUCGCAAGGGAUCACUUUAGAACUAUUACCAAUCAAUAGAAUGUAGUUCUAUGCAUCCAGGAAGAUUAGCGCGUCCCCCAAAGUGUUAUUCAGUCUCAUAAAAAGAACGAAUUAUUCAAAUACCUACCGCCUGUCAGCAGAUUUUCCAGUCAUUUCGCACUACUGGAAUAGUGAUUAUCAUAAUGCUAUUCGAAACUAUCAGUGUGAAGAAGACCUUUGCCCGUAUUAUCCAAUAUAUAAUUUCCAACAUUUAAGAGCGAAGUAUUGUGGAGCAUUAGGAUUAGCAAAGCAAUUUUGUAGCCAACGGUUACCUGAAAACUUAGUGGCAUGAACUGCAGAUUAGUUGAAAAGUUGUGUCAGGUGAUCGAGCAAUUUGUUUAUAUGAGAAAACACGCGAAUCUCGAUGAAUUAAAGAUAUUUCUAAGCAAAGAAUCAUAUAGAAUUAUUAUGUAAAUUUUAAGUUUUUUCACGGUUUGUAAGGAAACUAGGUUUGUCGCUCUUAUUGAAUCGAGGAGAGAGUGAAUCAUUUGUUAAUAGCUGUAGUUUUGGACUAUACUGUAUGCAUUAUCUAUCGCUUAAAAAGCUUUCAAUAUUCAUCGCUUUCAGUAGGAGAAAUUUCGGAAAACUUAUAGGCACUUGUUUUUGUACCCUACUCUAUAUACAGAACGAAAGAAAGUAUAUGUAUAUACAUGUCGUAGUAGGAAUUAAAAUUCGGUAGAAUUGAAAAUUCUAUUAGAAACUUACAUACUAUGGAAGUAUUUUAAUUUCUACUUUAGUAGAAAUUAAAAUACCUAUUUAUAUAUUGAUAAUGAUAUAUCGAAUAAAAAGAAACAAAAAAGGGCAGUGUGGGUGAGAGUCUGAGAUUUGGGUGCUAGUGCAGAGAAGAUCACAUUCCACACCGAGAUUCAUCCACACUUCGCAUUCCCACCUUGAUUUAAUAAAAUGUAACUUUUAGAAAUUACAAGCUAUUGAUUCUCAAACAUUACCAACACGUACAUUUAUGCAAGCCUAUAAAGAUUAUGUUAGUAGUGGAAUUAGUCCAGUUGUAGGAGCUUGUAGUACGACGAAAAAAUGUUCAUGCACAGGAGCUAAAGCACUGUGUAAUACACAAUGCCAUCCUGAUAAAAAGAAGGCUGAAUAA